AAAAAAAAAAAAAAAAAAAAAAAAAAAAAAAGACGGGGGAAAGGCAAAGAGGAAAGCCGUAGAUUAAAAGUUGACAACAAUCGAGCUGCGAAAUUGCCUUGAUCAUGACAUCCACAUUCAGCUUUGGGUUUGCGGGUGAUGACAUUGAUAUCGACGAUACCGAAGUCAGCGACGUCAAUCAAGCCGACUUCACUUUUCGAAGAGGCGUCAGCGAUGCACUACCCGAAUUGGUGCCAGCCAGGCGUCAUCAUAUGUCGGAAUGGAUAACCUCACUUCCCUCACAAAUAUCGUACAACGAAGUUGCUAUCCCCACCUCUCAGCAGGGAGGCGCAGGCAAGCCAGUGACGCUUGCACGCCGGGAUGUAUAUGACAUUCGGACCCAAUUGAUGGCAGAGGACACUGCCGAAGAUAGCGAAGAGAACUACGAGCUUAUCGCUGGGCUUGAAAAGGGCGACAUCAAACCCAACUUUUACGAGGGUGGUUUUAAGACCUGGGAAUGUGCUCUGGACCUGGCGAAGUUGCUUCUGGACACCAAUGCGCUGACGGAGACGUCUGGUGCUCGGCAUUUCAUUGAGCUUGGGGCAGGUACUGCCGUGCCAUCAUUAGCCCUGUUCGCACAGCUGCUAUCAAUGGAACCCAAUCCUCAGCGAAGAGUGCAUUUUACGUUCGGGGACUACAACGCCGCAGUCCUUCGUCUGGUGACUUUCCCCAACCUGCUUCUGACAUGGAACCACAUCGUCUCCAAUGUGGAGGGGACGCCGUGUAAAGAGGAAGCCACCGAAGAUGAACUGCUGGACAUCAGUACCGAGCUUGUCGAGAGAUUCCAGAGGGACCUGGAAAGGCGAGGUAUCACGGUGGACUUCGUCUCUGGCGCUUGGUCGCCUGAAUUCGUCAAUCUGGUGUUCUCUUCUGAUAAAGAGAGCAGAAGUGAUGCCUUGGUUCUCGCCAGCGAGACAAUCUACUCCCCUGCCUCACUGCAAGCAUUCUCGGAUACAUUGCUUGCUUUAUUGCGUCGUCCAGUGCAGGAGGGAGUGUCAAGCAAGGCCCUGAUCGCAGCGAAGAAGGUCUAUUUUGGAGUGGGUGGUGGGGUGGAUGAGUUCCUCGCCGUGAUGGGAGAUAUCAGCGGUAGCAAUCUGACAGUGCAAGAGCGAGUGGAUAUCAAAUCUGAGGGAGUAGGAAGGGUUAUUCUGGAAAUUAUUCUUGCAUAGUAUGAGAUAGUACCUAGGUAGUCAGUUAUGGUGCUGUUGUGAAGUGUACUGGACUAGAUUGAGGUGCUUAGCGGAGCUUAGAUAAACAUGCAUUCUCAUUGGCG